AUGAUUCGGAAAGCGAAUCGCAUAUUUUCCUAUUUGCCUACGAUAUUCUUUAUAUUGAUCUGGGCGCUGUGCUUUUCGGCUACCAUAAUCUUGAUUUUAAAGUCGAAAGCUCGACAGGCGGAAGCCCACGUCCCCUACGCUCCAGUUAUACAAAAACCACCAAAUAUUACGGUGCUGGUGGUGGUCAAUAACGAUGGAGACCUUUGGAAGUAUGAAACCGCGCUAGCGACAUUGAGAUGUUACUGCAAAAUGCAUCACUAUACCUUUAAGAUUAUCUUCCCCUACGAUUACAUACCUUGUUAUCGGAAGGAUUUCAUGUUCGUAAGACAUUGUAUCGUCGUGGAACACCUAGUAAAAACGGACUACGUCUUUUUCGUCGAUGCUGACAUGGCCGUAGUGAAUCCGAAAAGAAGAAUCGAAGAAUUCAUAGACCCCAAUUUCGACAUAACUUUCUAUGAGCGUUUCAUUAAUGUCGAAAUCGCCGCUGGCAGCUAUUUGGUGAAAAAUACGCGAUGGGCAAGGAACUUUUUGAUGGACUUUUCACUAUAUGGAGACAAGCUGGACGAUCGGGUGAUAGGGUCGGAUAAUGCGGCUUUACAUAUGUUCCUUGCUGAAGAGCUGUACCCGGAGUUGAAGGAUUUGUUAAAGCAAUGCCAAAGCGCCCAAAAACUGGUCGACUGGGGGGAGCUCUACGUUUACGAGAUCUGUGUAAGAAUGAUCAUUGGGAAUCAUUACGAGCUGAAGAACCAUGUGAGGAUCAUGAAAAAGGGCACGGGCUGGGUGCGCGACAUCUGGCUGGCCGACUCGAGGUGGAACCCGAAAAUGGAUUUUAUUUUGCAUGGCUAUCAGGAAAAGCGGAUACUGCCGUUUAAUGGAACUUUUAUAAAGCGAGCUCAAUUACCCUGGAUGGAAAAAGCGGGCUUCUACAAAAUUAUGAAAAGCAAACCUCUGCUGAAGAAAUGUAAAAAUACCGACUACACGUUUGACUUUGAUGACCGCUUUCUUAAGCCCAUGUUCGAAAUCAAACCCGUGCUCGACGACAUCCGCGCCGAGGUCGAGCUGAAAAAAUGGCAGUUCGCCGGGAUGGUGCCAAAGUUUCAAGAGAAA